GGCCUGGCAGGCGUCGGGACAGCGAUGCGGGCGGCGGAGAGGGGAUGCUCGAGGCACGAGGUGCCGGUGCUCCCGGUGCUGGGGCUUUCCUCCCGCGGGAAGGGGCCCGGGGAUGCCCCCUGCCUGGUUCCGGGUUGGGACCCACGGCACGGCACCGGCCGUGAAGGGUUAAUGCCGUGUGUGUUCUGGGAAGCGGGGCUGGGAGGUGCGUGACCCGGGGUGUGGGCGUCGACUCCUUUUGAGGUGGGAUCCUGCGCUCAAGUGCAGCGGGGAGCGGGGCCAAGUUCACACAGCACCCGGCCUUCCCCUCCCUGCCGCUCGCGCCGCCAACCCGGCCGCGGCACGGUGCCGAGCCCUGCCAGGACCCCUGCCAGGUGAGGAUGAUGGCCAGCCCGGAGGAUGACCUCAUCGGCAUCCCCUUCCCCGAGCACAGCAGCGAGCUGCUGAGCUGCCUGAAUGAGCAGCGGCAGAUGGGGCUGCUCUGCGAUGUCACCAUCAAGACACAGGGGCUGGAGUAUCGCACCCACCGCGCCGUCCUGGCCGCCUCCAGCCGCUACUUCAAGAAGCUCUUUGCGGGGCCGGGGCCGGGGCAGGAGGUCUGCGAGCUGGACUUUGUCGGGCCGGAGGCGCUGGGCGCGCUGCUGGAGUUCGCCUACACAGCCACGCUCACCAUCAGCAGCGCCAACAUGGGCGAGGUGCUGCGCGCCGCGCGGCUGCUGGAGAUCCCCUGCGUGAUCGCUGCCUGCGUGGAGAUCCUGCAGGGCAGCGGCAUGGAGGCGCCCGGCCCCGACGACGGCGACUGCGAGCGCGCCCGCCAGUACCUGGAGGCUUUCGCCGCGCUGCCCGAGGGUGAGCUCCUGGCCCCGCCGCCCUCGCGCCCCGCCGCACGCCGCAGCAAGAAGACCCGCAAGUUCCUGCAGACCCGCGGCGCCCGGCUCAACAACCACGCCGAGGAGCUGCCCGCCGAGGCCGAAGGCUGCAGCAGCCCCCCGCCGCCCCCCCAGCCGCCCUCACCCCCCCUGCCCGAGGGGCUACCUCUGUCCUACGACAGCUUUGAGCUGCCCGAGGAGGAGGAGCUGGCCCCGCAUCCCUUCCCCUUCCCCUACCAGCCUCCCCUGUCCCCUGAGGAGGCCGCCUCUGAUGAGGACGCCAUUGACCCCGACCUGAUGGCGUACCUGAGCUCGCUGCACCACGAGUCGCUGGCGCCAGGGCUGGAUGCACCUGACAAGCUGGUGCGGAAGCGCCGCUCGCAGAUGCCCCAGGAGUGCCCCGUCUGCCACAAGGUCAUCCACGGCGCCGGCAAGCUGCCCCGCCACAUGCGCACGCACACGGGGGAGAAGCCCUUCGCCUGCCAGGUCUGCGGGGUCCGCUUCACAAGGAACGACAAGUUGAAGAUCCACAUGCGCAAGCACACGGGCGAGCGGCCCUACUCCUGCCAGCACUGCAGCGCCCGCUUCCUGCACAGCUACGACCUGAAGAACCACAUGCACCUGCACACGGGCGCCCGGCCCUAUGAGUGCUACCUCUGCCACAAGGCCUUCGCCAAGGACGACCACCUCCAGCGGCACCUCAAGGGCCAGAACUGCCUCGAGGUGCGGACCCGCCGCCGCCGCCGCGAGGAGCCGCCGCCGCCACCGGUGGGUCCCCCCGGCCUCGACCUGUCCAACGGGCGGCUGGAGGGGCUGCGCCUUUCCCUCGCCCGCUACUGGGGUCCGGGAAGGAUCAAGGAAGAGGAAGAGGAGGCGGAGGGUGAGGAAGGGCCGCAGCCGGACGGCGCCGUGAAGGUGGAGACGGCGUAGGGUAGCUGCGGUGGCGGGUGCUGAGCCGAGCCGUACCCGCCGCGGGUUCUGUUCCCGUUUAUCCCGUCACGGUUCAUUCCCAGUUAUGCAAAGGGGGAAACUACCCCUGGCCGAUUUGCACAAUGCGUGGGGGGGGUCCCCGCUGCCUUCUCCCCCACCGCCGGACACGGGACCCCCCCCCCCGGGGGUCUGCGAGGAGUCGGGGGGGAGGCAAAGCGGGACCGGGGUGACCCCCCCCAACCCUCCGGGGACAAAACCCCCUCAGCAUCAGCGGGGCCGGGACCGGUCGGGGGCCCCCACGGACCGACCCCCCCGCCCCCCAACCGGGGAGCGCUUCCACUGGCGGCCCCGCCCCGCGCUGCGCAUCGCUUGUCCCCCCCCCCUCCCCGCCCCGAGCAGCCCCUCCCCGGCGAGACCCCCUCGCCCCUGCACUCCCGGCUGCUUUCUCUUGGUUGCACUAUUCGGGUGACCGCGCCCGGGUGCGGGGCAGCCCCGGCCCCCACCCGACUCCCCCCACCCUCUAUAAACCACCGCGGCCCUGUGGGACCCCCCCCUCCCGGGUGGCCGGACCCCAGCGGCCACUCCUCUGCCCUUUGCACAUGCCCUCCCUCUCGGGCGCAUCCCCCCCGGGGGGGACCAGGGGACCGGCACUAUUUGCCUAAAAUAAGAGUUUAUCUAUAUUUAAAAAAGUGAUGUAAUAUAUUCCCCCCCCCCCUCCACCCCUUCCCGGCCCCUCCGCUGCUGCCGCCAGCGCUGCCCGGCCCCCACCUCUGUCCCUUGCCAUGGGGUGCCGGGAGGGGUGAUGGGGACGCGGGGCUCGGCCCCCGUCAUGGCUUUAAAGUGCCUUAUGGUGAACUUGAAUCUUUCGGCUACUUGAACCUCUUUGGUGUCAGGAACCAAACGAAUAAUCGGCGGGCGGCCCUCCCCCUUCCCCCCCCCGCCCCGCCGCGUCGCCUCUGUCUGUCUGUCUGUCUGUUUGUGUUUUGUUUUUUUUUAAACGAAGGCUGCUUGGUAAUAAACGGAGAAGCAGGGA